CUUCCACUCCCUGCUCUCCCAAUCGUGGCGAGCGGCGGAGCUAAAUUGAGAACAACAGUAUCAGGAGGACCCGCGCCUCUCCCCCCGGCAUCCUGAUUUUGGACUGCUCCGAGGUCUGGCUCCGGCUGCACCAGGACAAGGUCUUGUCAUCAAGAAAAGAUGGUUCACUCUUGAUGGAGAAUCCACUUCUUUCACUAAAUGAAGCAAAGGCAGAAGGAGACCCGAAGCAUAGCUUCUUCUGAUAUCACCAAGAAGAUUUGGAAGCAAUCAAGGGUGAUGUUGGAUGGCAGCUUCCCGAAAACCUUGCCUGCAUGGCUAGUUAUGAGGAAUGAUGGGAAAUGUAGUCCAACGGUGUCCAGAAUAUCCCAGAAUCACCACCUCUGAUUCAGGUCAAGCAGGUGUUGUUGAAUGUGGAGGAGCAAGAACAAACACAGAGCUGGCCCAAUGAUUUCUGUGUGGACAGCUGUGGAAGAGACCAGCCAUGAAGUCCUUGCUGCUUCCUUCCUCUUCUUGCCGAAUUCUCCAGAGCACCUGUUUUCACUCUUCGUUAUAAAAGCCAUCCUGUUAUUCUUGACCAAAGAAGGGGAAAAGAGAGAACUGUGCUUGAUUUAAAAUCAUUUUUGGCUCCCCGUGUGUGUGUACACUUGUUUCUGCCAGCAUGGCUGUUGAUGAAGUUGGCAGCUGCCCCGAUCCUGAAAGAUGCAUUGAUGGAGAUGUGGUUGUCCAAUCCAGGAGCCAGUUCCUCACAUAAUGGGUUCCGGAAACAACCACAAUGCCCAUCACUCCAGAGAAUGCGGUGUUGUUCCUUCCCAUCCUAUAUCGAUGGCUGCAAAACCACCUGAGGGGAGAAGGAGAGGAGCCGGAGCAGAGGCUCUGCCAUUCGGCCAUCAAGAAGCUGCGAGAGUACAUCCAGCUGAACUUCCCCGUGGAUGAAGGCAAACUGCAACAUGGUACGAACCCUGUGGACGCUGAGAUUUGUACUGUUUACCUCACCAAGGAUCCGGGGAAAGUGGAGUCUCUCGGCCUAAGCUUUGGGAACAUCCCUGCUUUGGGGGACUAUGGGGACAAGCGGAGAACGGGGAGAAAAAAGAAAGGGCAUAAGGGUCCCAUACUUGAUGUUGGAAGUAUUUGGGUCACGGACUUGAAAAAAAACAGCCCGGCGGGAAAAUGUGGGAAAGUCCGCUUGAGAGAUGAGAUCCUUUCACUGAACGGGCAAUUGAUGGUCGGAGUGGAUAUUGGUGGUGCAAGCUACCUUGCUGAUCAGUGCUGGAAUGGCGGCUUCAUCUACCUGAUCAUGUUGCGUCGCAUUAAGCGCAAGGCCCCGCUUCCUCCAGCCAAUGGCAACAACAGCAACAGCAGCAGUAGUAGCAGCGAGCCCAAGGCCAGGCCUACCUCAGAGCCCAGUGGGAAAUCCGCCCAGAAUGGGAAAAGGACUAGAAAGUUUGGUGUCAUCACCAGGACCUCUCCCAGCAGCAAGGAAAGCAAAGGCAGUAAAGGCAGUCCAAAAACCGAGCCUGAAAAUGGACACUGCACCCUCAUGGACACUGACCGCUUGCAUCCGGACAGAUCCAAAACAGAAAGCAGAGGGGACGACCUCCUUCAGAAAAUGGACUCUCCUUUUCUGGCAGGACAAUAUCGCUCUCGCCUUUCGGAUGGAGGGAUUCUAGACCUCAACUCCAGUGAACUGUCUCUUCAGAGAGAAGGCUGCCGGAUAUGGAAGAUGGCCAUGAUGAAGGGAGCAGAUGGGCUGGGGAUCCAGAUCACCGGAGGUCGAGGUUCAAAACGCUCUCCUCAUGCCAUCAUUAUUGCACGGGUGGAAGAAGGAGGAUCUGCCCACAGGGAUGGAAGGCUGAAAGUAGGAGAUGAGCUGCUAAUGAUCAAUGGCCAGUCAUUGGUUGGUCUUUCCCAUCAAGAUGCUGUUGCCCUUCUUCGCUCAGCUGAGGGCCUCACCUACCUGGUGGUUGCAAGCAGGGAAGGGGCAGAAGAGGAUUUCCUUAAUUAUCCAUCGACAAGUUUGCCAGACUUAAUAAGCACCUGCUCUGCUCAAGAUACAACUCCGUGGACUGACAAUAAAGAGAACGAAGAACCGGAGAAGGAGGAAGAAGAAGAUGCCAAAGGAGAGGCUGUGGUGCCAGAAGUAUUGGAACCUGAGCCAGAUGUGGCAGAUACAGAUAAGUCGCCAGAUCCUUCAGGUGAAGAGGGAUCCAAAGAAAAUGGUGAAAGUCCAACUCGAGGAGGUGGUAUUUUGAAGUACAGGAGCCGAUCCCAAGGGGCGGCAACUCGUUUAGAAUCCGUAGGAGAAGAUGAUGAGUUGACAGUAGAAAAUGGAGACGUGAAUUAUGAAAUAGCAAUGAAAUAUUCCCGUGGAGGGAGAAAACAUUCUCUUCCCCAGCAUCUGGACACAGGAACCAGACAGGAGUAUCCUAUUGUUAAGAAAUCCACACGCUCUCUAAGUGCAGCUCAGGUUGAAUACCCUUGGCGACUCACCCAGCCAUCUAUUAUUUCCAACAUUGUCUUGAUGAAAGGUCAAGGAAAGGGUCUUGGAUUCAGCAUUGUAGGAGGACAGGAUUCUGCUCGAGGGCGCAUGGGAAUUUUUGUGAAGACCAUUUUCCCAAAUGGAGCUGCAGCUGCUGAUGGCAGAUUGAAAGAAGGUGAUGAACUUCUAGAAGUUAAUGGAGAAACCUUACAAGGUCUAACCCACCAGGAAGCCAUUAAAACUUUUAAGCAACUCAAGAAAGGUGUGGUGACUCUCACGGUACGGACCAGACUCCGAAGCCCAAGCCUCACUCCAGCUCGGACGUUGCUGAGCCGGUCAGGCAAACCAAGCUCCAGUUCCAGCGGAGGAGCUUCUUUGUCUGGCAGUGAAGAUGGAGAUGCUUCUUCUGCCAGUCGCAAGGGACCUGGACCAAAGGAUAGGAUUGUCAUGGAUGUGACCCUCAAUAAAGAACCAGGUGUUGGGCUGGGCAUUGGUGUUUGUUGCCUCACUAUGGAAAAUAGCUCCCCAGGUAUAUAUAUUCAUAGCUUGGCCCCUGGAUCUGUGGCUAUGAUAGACGGAAGGUUAAGCCGUGGUGAUCAGAUUCUGGAAGCAGAUUCAGUCAGCUUGCGCCAUGCAGCUCUAAGUGAAGCUUAUGCCGUUUUGAGAGAACGUAGUCCAGGUCCAGUUCAUCUCAUCAUUAGUCGCCAUCCCAACCCAAAGGUUUCAGAACAGGAAAUGGAUGAAGCCAUAGCACAAACUACUCAGCGAGAACACAAGGAUGCUGCUUCAUCUCACAGCACAGGAAAUCUGCCAAAAAGUCCUUCUCCUUGCGUGAAGUCUAAACAGACAGAAGGUUCCUUGCCCUUGAGCUGGACUAUGAAGCGUUUCUUGGAACCAGUGAGUUGGGGAUCCACCAAUUCUGAAGUGGAGCACUCUCAGUACACUUUACAGGAUGGUGCAAGUCAUUUGCCACUUUCGGAAAUAACUACAGCAGGCUCUAGUGAUGAGGAGCCACUUCAUCCUAAGGGUGGGAGCAGCUUUUUAGAUGAGAGUAUUCUUUCUUCUGGCAUUCCAACUACCAAAGAGGCAAGCCUAUGUGAUUCACCAGCUAGUGGAAGCAAUUCACCUGGUCCUUUCAACAAGCCAAAGGAGACUAUUACUCGGCAUGUUACUUUCAGUGACAGCCCCAAAGGUGCACGUAUUGUCCAGAGACAGAGAAGGAUUGCUUUCUAUGAUGGUGAUGUGAGUGAUGAGGAUGACUUUACCAAACAAGAUGGCAUCCGGCUCCAAAAGGGAUCGAGAUCCAAAGGUCAGAAGAAAGCAGAGGGAAGCUGUGAUGUUAUCAUUACAACUACACCAGCAGAAGAUACUGAUGAGAACCUGGAGAAAGACUUUGCAGCACAUGGCCUCAAUGACUCAGCUCACAGUAGCUUUAAGGAUUUGACACAAGGUGCUAUGGAGCAUAUAGUGGACUCCCCUUUCCUUCCAGUCAAAUCAUUUGACCAUUCAAAUGUACCAGAAGUUCAUCCGAGUCACCUGAGCUUGAAGGAUUUUCGAGAGACACAAGGGGAAUCCAAGCGAUCCCCUAAACUGGAGCACAAAGCAGUCACUCGAGUUAAAAGCUUGAUGAGCAUUGAAUAUCAUGGUAUUUCGAGGCAGAAAAAUGAGGAUCAUGGUGCUUGCAGCAGACCCAGUGGAAGGGUGCUCCCCCAGAUCCGGAAGAGUGAGCCACAGGAGAAUCCUUUUGGGCAGAGUGACACUGAGACCGUCACCUUAAUUCGUAAUGAGAAUGAAUCAUUUGGCCUGGAUCUGGAAAUCUGUGCUACUCCCUUACGUGUUGUAAUAACAAACUUGCGACCAGGCGGAGUAGCCGAAAGGACAUCUAGAGGAAAGCUAGUUCCAGGAGAUGAGAUUGUUGCAAUCAACAGUUUCCCAAUCCAUGGGUUCUCCUAUGAAGAAGUCUGUGUGUUUGUACGGUGCCUUUCCACAUCUCUCACACUGGAUAUUCAGAAAGGUGAUUCUGCCAUGAACAGACUUUCAAAUACUGCUGAGUCUUCAGAAACAGAUGGAUCAGUUCAGAACGAUCCAAGUAAUGCUCUCAUCUUUGAAGAAGAAAAUAGCUUUACAAACCAGGAUGAACCUUUGUGCAGAGAUAACCCUAACAAUGUAACAGAAAGGACAGUACUGCCAUCUGAUGCCAAGAUGAAGGAGAUGUUAGCAUAUUCUUUGGAAACCAGCUGUGUUCAAGAUAGCAGCUGUGAGCAGGGCAGUUCAAGAGAUAUUGAUGGAUUCCUUGAGAUGAAUUCCUCAAAAGAAAAAGAAGCUACAUGUCUGUUAACCAGUGACAAGUGUGCCAUGGAAGAUAUUUCUAUUAUGGCAGAAAAUGCUGGUUCUAAUUCUGUAUCAGAUAUAGUUAAGAAAGACCUUCCAGGAAGAACUCUGAAUUAUGCAUCAAACACACAAGAAAUCUUGGGCUUUUCUGCCUUGGAUUCCAUUGAUGCAAGCAAGAUUUUCACUGUGAAUCAAACCCGUUUGAGUAACUAUUCCAGGAAUUUUAGUAGCUUAAAAGAUGACACUUUGACUGGUGUUGAAGACAAAAACAAUACAGUUCCAAAAUCUAUGUAUGCUGCUGCAGAUGACUCCAGCUCAGACACAGAAUCGGUAGUUGAAACUGCUGGACUCUCAGGCAAUUCAUCACUCUUGCUGUCUGCUUGUGACAAUUCCUCAAAGACAUACAAGACACUAGAGUCAGAUGAAGAACAAAUUGAAAUUUGCUGCUCGAAUCAUGAACAGCAACAUUUUCCCCAGAAAGAAGUGGUCACACCUCCUUCAGAAACAUCCAGCCCACCAGAAUGUCAUUCUUCAGACAUUGUUUUGCGAGAAAAAAGCAAUGUAGAAAUUGGUUCACUAGCAGUUUCUGAUGUUAAACUCUCAUUAGAAGAACAACCCUUUCAUUCUCCUUCUCAAGUUUCUCCACCAAAAGCAGAUCUCUUAGAACAUAAUAAUGGAGAGUGCUCUUUCUACAAGAGCAGUUCCUUGAGGAGUGGAGAAAGGGAAAGCAUGGAGCAACUUACAGAGACGCAUGAGAUUUCCAAACUUGAUGCUGAAGAAAUGCCUUUUCACUCUACAAAAAACAUGAAUGGUUGGGAGAGCAGAAAUGAGCAAGAUAAAAAAGAACAAUUACCUACAGAAAAUGAUUUAGGAAUAAACUGUGACGGUCAUGUGGUUGCUUAUUCUUCUGCUGCAACAAAAAAAGGAAUCACUGACUCAGUUCACAUGACCAAGCAAGAUAGCCACUCUGUGGACUUAACAUCACAAAGAAUAGUAAAUAACUCUAGAUCUCCCCUCAUGACAAAAUCAAAAGAUUUUAGUAAGACCAUCACUGCUAAUGACCUACCAGGAAAGAAUGAAAAAAACACUACUCCUGUUUCAAAAAGUUCAAAUUCAAAAAUUCAGACUUCUGGCCAGUGUAAAGGUAAUACCAUCCCACAUAGCCCAUCAGCUUUCAAAAAAUUGCAUCAAGAAACUAGAGGGAUUCCCCAAAAGAGUAUUGCAGAAACACUUUCAAAUAAUCAACGGAACAGGCCAGGGCCAAAGUUAAAGGGACUUACUAUUAAAAGUAAGUCAAAGACUCAUUCUGAUUCUCUUAGUGCUGCUCCUGCAAAAGGUGGUGGAACUGAUCAGAAAAAGACAUCCAUUCCAGCACAGUCUUCGCCUAGGCUUCUUCCAAAGAAAGUCACAUCCCUCCAUAACUUAGCCACACAUUUGGAACCAAUUAGCAGGAGCCUUUCUAUGGGGUGUAAGAUUCUUCAACAAGAGGAGGAAAGUAAAUUAGUUUUAGCACUGCCUCAGGAAUCCACUUCAGAUAUGUUGAAUGGUGAUGGAAAUACUGUGAAAAACAACAAAGAUAAAUCCAUUAACAACUUAGUGCUUGGUGAUGAUGAAAUGGCUGAGUAUCCCACAGAGCAAAAAGAAAAGCAGGUGCCAAUUCAAUUAGCUAUGAAUAGCAAAGAGAGAAAUAAGACUGAUGCUGCCAAUUACCAAAGUCGGGAAAGUUCUUCCCAGAUAAGAGCACAUCCCCAAAUGGCAACCAAGGGUCACUGUCUCAGUGGCAAGACUGAGAACCAAGGAAUGGGUACGAGUUGCUUGAAUUAUGAUGGAUGUGAAAAUAAUCCCUCAGGCUCUGAGAAUAUUGGGUCUUUUAAAAAGGAGCCACCUAGUGUUCUUUCCACUGCUCAAAAGGAACAAUCAGGUCAGGAAAUUCAGCGCACAUUCAUUGAGGUGAGACUAUCUUCUUCUUCUUCCUCCUCCUCAUUAACUCCAGAGGGGUCUCUGGAGAAAGGAGAAAGUAGCAAGAAAGCGAUCAACCAGUUGGAAAGUGAAGUACAAAACUGUAGCCAGAAUACUUUUGAGGCAGCACAUUUUCACAAUGCAUUAAAACCUGUGACCCGGACCUAUUCUAUGCCUACCCAUUUAUCAAACCAUUUGCGAGAGGAGAGCAAUGCUAUAGAUGCACCAAUGCAUCAUGUCCAGAAUAUCCUGAAUAGUGUUUCUUGUGAACAGCAUCCUAAUUCAGAGCUGGACAUGCUAAAAAUUGUUCAUCUGAAUCUGAUGAAUGACCAGAACAUUCAAGAUGAAAAGAAGGCAUCAAAUAGCAUUCCCAAAUCAAACAGUCAAGAAUUAUCGUUGACCAAUGACAACAGUAGCCGCAUUGUGGACAAAUUAAAAACUUGCAGGCGGAAUUAUUACUAUUAUGAACUCAACUGGCCACAUGAUCCCCUCUCAUCUUUUUCAGUAAAACAGAGAAUUAAAUCUUUUGAGAACCUUGCUAAUUUUGAUAGGCCAAUGGUCAAAGCCAUAGACAUACAUUCUACCUCUUUCAGCUCCAAGCUCCCUGUCGGUAGGCGACUGUCUGGUGGUGUUUCUGCUGUUUCAGCUGCCAGUGUAAAUGAUGCAGUCCAAACACUGCGACGAAGCUUGAGUUCCUACUGUGAAAGUGAAGCCCCAGGAACCCCACAAAUGACAAAAUCAUCAACUACUGCAGCAUUAAUGCAUCUGCAGCAGACAUCCCCUGAGUGUAGCAAAGAUGACAUUCAGUUGGAGAAGAAUGCCAGGCGUGAUACUUUGGGAAGUCCAGAAAAUUUGCCUCUGUCCAGCACCAACAUCCGAAGAAGCAGAGCCUCCGGUGGACACAUCAGGCAUGCACCCUUAUCCCGCUCUAAACUCCGGGAGUUGAGGGCCUUAAGCAUGCCAGAUCUUGACAAGCUGUGUAGUGAGGACUUCACCACAGAUUCCCAAUCUUCCCACUUUAAAACAGAAUUGGAAGUUCCACCUGCUGCAAGAUCCCUUGGUCUUCCCAUAGAAAGUGUUCCUAGUUUGAAAGACUACUCUGAGCUUUCAGGUCUUGUAAUGGCAAGCAGGCACCAUUCAAAAGAAAGCAGUCCCAGGAAUAGUGGUUCAGGCACUCCUGGGUCAGCAUCUGAUGAGGAUGUACGGCAACAUGAUGUCAGCCGGAAUAAGAUGUGCUCAGGGAAAAGCUGGUCAAUCAGCUUAGAUCAACUCUUGGUCUCCACUCUGGAUCAGCAGAAAUUGCAGUCAGUGUUGUCUUUAGUGACAACAAAAUGUGAUGUUCCUUCUUUACUUCAGGAGGCCAAAACACAAGCCAAGAACAAAGAAGAUGUUUAUUUUGUAGUCUUGAAUAAAGAGGAAGGAUCUGGCCUGGGAUUUAGUGUUGCUGGAGGAGUGGACCUGGAACAAAAAUCCAUCAUCGUCCACCGGGUGUUCUCAAAAGGAGUGGCAUCCCAGGAAGGAAUCAUCCACCGAGGAGAUCUGAUUCUUUCCAUCAAUGGCACCUGUCUUACCGGUUCCAUUCACGGAGAUGUACUCAAUGCUCUCCACCAGGCAAGGCUCCACAAAUAUGCUAUUGUUGUCAUCAAGAAGGAAAGAGAUGGGAAAAAGUCUUCUUCUGGGUCUGAAAAGUCUACUCCUACAGGACCAACCUCGGGAGCUGCAACAAUGGGAAGAGGAACAGGUCUAAGUGGAGAACUGAGUGAUGCUAUUUAUGUUGAACUGUUGAAGACUUCUGCUGGCUUGGGCUUCAGUCUGGAUGGAGGAAAAGCUUCAAUCUCUGGAGACAGACCUUUGCUCAUCAAAAGAAUAUUUAAAGGUGGCGCUGCAGAACAAGAUGGAAAACUGGAAGUUGGUGAUGAACUACUUGCCAUUGGUGGAAAAUCCUUGCUUGGUCUUAUGCAUUAUGAUGCCUGGAAUAUAAUCAAAUCUGUCCCAGAGGGACCAGUUCAACUGCUUAUCAGGAAGCAUCAGCCCUCCGCAUGAUGUGAGCAAUACUGCCCUGUAAAACUAAAUUUAACCGUUUGAGUACACCUUUGAAAUUUGUGUCCACUGGAACCCUUGUAAAUAUUACAGGAGCUGGACCUGACUGAGUGGCAUUGUACUCCAUCAGACAGUCCUUCCUUAAAUCAGCCAAGGAAUGUCAAGAUUCAUAAGCCAGGAACAUCUCCAAAUUGGUGCACUUAGUUUUAUAAAUUACCACUAUUCUGCUGCUUCCAGGAUUUCUAAGUCAAAGUGCCGCACACUUUUCAUACGGACUGCUGUGUAACCAUAUCCUCUCUUUGCCAUACUGGAGACCUCCUAGUCAAUGAUCUGUGUGGAGCUGCACCCAUGGAAGGGUUUUGUGUUCAGGGAUUUUCUGAUUUCAAUACAUAAGCUCUUCCAUCAAGGUUAUGAAAUCAACACAUUUUGACAAAGACUGGCAGUGUGUAAUUGCCACAUAACUUGACUGCCCCAGCCAGAAUUUUUUGUAGUUGGGACUAGGAUUUGCUUAUGUCUGAGUUCUGGCCUCUUGUUUUAUAAAUUAAUUAUUUGCUGUGGGUACACUUCACUCUCACCACUUAGAUGCACAGGAAA